AUGGAUACGCCCCUGGUCACUGCCGCCUCCUGGGGCCCCAGGUUGGGAGAAGCCUGGAUACACGAGGGUCAUUUCAAGGAGCGACAGGAAAGCCAGGAUGGCAGUUUGAAGCCAGAGGCCCAUGAGGAAGACCCCGCCGGAGACAGUGCCCUGGAGUGUGAUGACUUUGGUGAUGUCCCGGGAACCAGACCAAGCCGUCCCGUUACCCAGGCCGCCUGUGGGCCCCAGAGGCGCGGUGCACAGGGAAAGAGCCCCUCGGAUGCAGCAGCUGGGGGCCCUGGGAAGCCUUGGAAGUGUGAGGACUGCGGCAAGGCCUUCCGCUGCUGCUCGGCGUUCACCCUGCACCGCAGGACACACACUGGGGAGAAACCCCAGUUUGCGUGCCUGGAGUGCGGGCGCUCCUUCAGCCAGCGCGUGCACCUGACCCUGCACCGGCGCGUGCACACGGGCGAGCGGUCGCAUGCCUGCGUCAAGUGCGGCAAGGCCUUCAGCCAGGGCUCGUACCUGGCAGCGCACUGGCGCGCACACACAGGCGAGCGGCCGCCCGCGUGUCCUGACUGUGGCAAGGCCUUCAGGCGCCCUGCGCACCUGGCGCAGCACCGGCGCGUGCACUCGGGCGAGCGGCCCUUCUCCUGUGGCCAGUGUGCAAAGGCCUUCCGCAGCCACACGGCCCUGCUAGAGCACCAGCGCGUGCACACAGGAGAGAAGCCAUUCGCCUGCGCACAGGGCCCCGAGGCCUUUCGUUUCUCCUCGGCGCUGCUGCGCCACCAGCGCACAUACACAGCCGAGCGGCCCUACACCUGCGGCCAGUGCCCCAAGGCCUUCACGCAGGUGGCGCACCUGCUGCAGCACCAGCGUGUGCACACGGGCGAGAAGCCCUACAUGUGUGCGGAGUGCGGCACGUCCUUCAGCCAGAGUGCCUCACUGGCCGAGCACCGGCGCGUCCACACAGGUGAGAAGCCUUUUGUGUGCACGCAGUGCAGCGAGGCCUUCAUGCAGGUGUCCCACUUGAGUCAGCACCGCCAUGUGCACACGGGUCAGCGGCCCUACGCGUGUGGGGACUGCGACCGCGCCUUCAGCAACCGCUCGCACCUGGUGCAGCACCACCUGGUGCACACGGGCGCCAAGUGCCUGGAGUGCGGAGCCACCUUCAGCCACGUGUCCUCCGUCCUCGAGCACCAGAAGAUUCACACGGGAGAGAAGCCCUUCCGGUGCGGGGACUGUGGCAAGGCCUUCAGCCAGGGCUCUGCGCUCACACUGCGCCGCCGCAUCCACACCGGGGAGCGGCCCUACACGUGUCCGCAGUGUGGCAAGGGCUCCCGCAACCGCGCCUACCUGACCCGGCACCAUAGUGUGCACACCGGGCAGCGGCCCUUUGAGCGCGGCGGCUGUGGCAGGGCCUUCGGCUUCUCCUCCGCCCUCACCCGGCACCAAAGGAUGCGCGCCGGACAGCACUGCCCAGCCGCCACGCCCGACUGGACCCCUAUACUCGCUCAGGGAGAAGCCUGUUAGCAGCCGUGACCCCGGAAAAGCCUCCAAGGACCAGGAGGAUAAGAGCUGAGGGUUAACCGGGCCUCCUGGACCAGACACUGUGCUGGACGUGUUUACGCCUCGUGUCCAACAUCAUGGCUCUAGAGGGGAGACACCCUCUCACCCCUACGCUGCCUGUGAGGACACUGAGGCUCAGAGAAGCUUGGUGACUUGCCCAAGGUCACACAGGGAGGAUGUCACAGGGCUGGGACUGUGCCCUACAUCUGCUGGACUACCUGACGCCUCUCCCCACCACCUCUCUUUCAGUUAUAAACGUGACCUACCAAAGCAGACCCAAAUAAGUACCCGUGGGUCUCUG